AUGUCUUCUCAAUCCGCAGAGGCAGGCCCAUCCAACGUCAAAUCGCGCAGAGCUCCCCGUGGUUCCGCAUGCCUCAACUGCAAACGGCGCAAGCAUAAAUGCGACGGAGGAAGACCGAUUUGUGGGCCGUGCAUCCGCUCCCAUAGGGAGGCAGAGUGCGAAUACCUUGACGGUCCGCGACCGAGCCGCAAGCAAGUCCUAGAAGAAGAGAUCGCUCGCCUUCAAGAACGGGUACAAGAAUUAGAACAGUCCGGACGAGGUUCAACCCCCAUUGCGCCCGGUGACUCCCCUGUGUCAUCGCCUACGUCCCCUUGUCAGUAA